AUGGGAUACACGAGCCUGACGCUCCCUCGGGCCGCAUACACUGGUAAGAGCGGGAAGACUAGCCUCGAUGGGCAAGUCGACCUCGUGCGCUCAGGCAAGGCGCAGAGCAGCAUGGCCACCAUCGAGAUCGUGCGCGGGGUCGCCGCGAGCGUGGGCUCCUCGCCGCUGUCCAAGACGCGCCGCCGGCUCUCGCUCAGCGUGGGCCUCGGCAAGAACGGGCGGCGGAACGAGAAGGAGAGCGAGACGCCCGCGCACCUGCGCGCGACGCUCCCGCUGCCCGUCGCGUUCACGGCGCACAUACCCCCGCCGAGCUUCGUGUCAACGGACCACAUACUGGUGCAGGUCUUCGCGGUCGGCCUGGACGCGCUCGACUCGCUGAUCGUGCAGGAGAAGGCGGGGAAGCGCGGGUCGGCGGGCUCGGUGAGGGGGAAGAAGAGGGGGUUCAUCCCUGGACGGAGCUUCGUGGGCCGUGUGGCUGAGUGUGGGUUUGAUGUUGAUAGUGCGGUGUGCAAGAGGGGCGAGUGGGUCGUCGGGCUGUUGGACGUGCGCAAGUGCGGUGCGCUUGCGGAGUACGUCGUCAUCGAGCGACAUCGCAUGUGCCGGUGCAAGCAGCCGCGUACGAAAGGCGCGACGCUCUUCCCGCCUCGUCAGCGUACGCGUACGCGUACACUGUCGCUCCCGUCUCAGGGCAACGCAUCUGAGCCAUCAGCACCACCUCCCGCACCCAACCAGCUCACCCCUCAGGAUCUCGCCCUCAUCCCGCUCUGUGGCGUCCCCGCUCAUCGCGCCGUGCGCUCCUUCGCCGAGGUGAUCGCCGCACGGAAGGGCAGGGGCAGUCGCGCACGUAUCCUCAUCCUUAACGCGCACGAUGGCGCAGGCGCGAUAGCCCUGCAGAUGCUUGCCAAGAAAAAGGUGAACGUGUGCGCCCAGGUCCCCGAGUCGGCCGUGCGGGACAUGGAUGAGAGUGAGGAGUCGUCGGAGGGGAGCAACUCCGGGGCGUCGCUGACGCGGCGCGAGCGUGUCGAGGCGCGGAUCAGGGGCUGGGGCGCCGAGGAGGUCUUCGUCGGCGAGCCGCUUGCCGUGCUGGAGCAGAUGUUCGACGAGGAAAAGUCGUUCGACGGGGUCCUGGACACCGUCGGCGGUGUGGAGAUCUGGGAGGCGGCGCAGAGGCUGUUGGCGUCGUACCCCUCCAUGUCGUGUGCGGUCUCGGACGCGGAGGAUGGUGGCGACGAGGGGCGCAAGAGGAAGACCUUCGUCUGCCCCGCGCAGUUCACCACGCUGAUCGGCGACAUGCCCUCGCGCGCGAUCCCAAGUGCAAACGAGAACAUCCGUCUCGGGCUGCGUUCCCUGCGUCGUGCGGUCUCGACGAGUCAAGCACCCGCGAAGGGCGGGCGCAAGCGGGCCAAGGUCAAGCGGAUGGUUGGGUACGCGUGGGUGAGCGUCGCCGCUGAGGUCGACGAGGGCGAGGACGUGCGGCACUCGCUCGCCACGGCGUUGGAGAUGGUCGAGGGCAACAAGGUGCGGCCGUGGGUGGGCGCGGAGGAGGAUGAAGACCGGGUCGUCACGUUCGAGCGUGCCCCGGAGGCCUUCAGGCGCGCUGCGGACGGGCCGCGCGGUGUGCUCCAGGAUGCGGGCACCUGCGUCGUCAAAAUCGGCGCGUGGUCUUGA